GAAACAGCGAAGGAAGCGGCGAAGGAGAAAAGGAAACAAAUCGAAUGAAGAAACAUAUUGAAAUGGAAUUAGAAACAGUGAUGUUUGUGAGAAUGUUUGAUUUCAGAAAGUGUAAUUCUUCAAUGCAAACAUUACAAUUGCAUUUCCUUUAGUCAAAUUAUAAAGCUUUAGUAAUAUGGUUAAUCAAUAAUGCAAGAUGUGGCUUCUGAAACCAAGAAAUAUGCACUGAUCCGCAAGAAGUUGUUAGGCCCUAUAAGAACCGACUUCCCUGAAUUAGAGGGAAAUCAUUGUCAUUGCCCGACAAAAAGGACGUGGAAUAGAGUUUGUUCAUUUCCACUGAAAACAUGAUCAUCGGGAGAAAUUUUUUAUGUUACAAGAAAGUUUCAGAUGGUGCAGUGUCAGUUUUAUUGGAACAUAAACAGAAGGGAGGGACCCUGCUUUUUGAAAAGGGUGUUGUUGCAGAAUUGGAGCAAUUGGAAACUGAUGAAAUUAAAAAAUCAUACACAAAGGCAUUUGAUGCUUAUGUAUUUAUAGGUGCAUUAAAACUUCAUAUUGGUGAUGAGUAUUUCAUAUUUCUAUUCUUUGUUGAUGGUUGUUCAUCAGUUGGCAAGAUAAAUGAGCAUGAAGUGUUUCGAAUAACAUCUUGCAUACAUUUACAACUUCAAGAAAGCACUGAAGUUGUUGCUCGUGUUGCAGAUGUCCAGAAGCUUCUUUCCUCUGGCAACUUCUUCUUUUCUUGCUCAGCAAAUGGCAAUAAUACAUUUGAUCUUAGUCUCUGUGCUCAGAGAAGGCAUUUACAAGAACAACCAGACAGCAGAUUCUUUUGGAACCAUGCCCUCCACUUACAUUUGCAAAGGUUUAACAUUGACUGCAAUGAAUGGCUUGUUAGAAUUAUGUGUGGCUACAUUCAAAUCCGUACAGUGUAUGUUGGCAGUAGUCAAGCCAAAGCUUGUUUGAUAUCACGACUUAGCUGUGAAAGAGCUGGAACAAGAUUCAAUGUAAGAGGAACAAAUGAUGAUGGACAUGUGGCUAAUUUUGUUGAAACGGAACAGAUUAUUCUUCUGGAUGAUUGUGAGACAUCUUUUGUUCAAACUAGAGGAUCAGUGCCAGUAUUUUGGGAGCAGCCUGGUGUCCAAGUUGGCUCACACAAAAUAAAAUUUUCUCGUGGACAUGAAGCAUCCUCUCCUGCUUUUGAAAGGCAUCUUGCAAGUCUCAAAUCCAUUUAUGGGUAUCAGCUUUUGGUAAAUUUGCUUGGCAGAAAGGAAGGGGAACAUUCGUUAAGCACAGCAUACAAGGACCACUUGAAGGCAUCCUGCCACAGCUUUGAUACUCAUAUCAUAAUGUUUGAUUAUCAUUAUCAUUGUCGAGGAGGCAAGACUGAAAAUUUGAAAAGUUUGGUUGACAAAGCUCAGGCCUCUGUUGAUAAUUUUGGAUUCUUUGCUUUCACUGGUGAUGAAAUCGUUAAGUCACAAAUUGGAACAAUCAGAACUAACUGUGUCGAUUGCUUAGAUCGCACAAACGCAGUUCAAACCAGAUUUGGCCAGACGGUUCUUGUUGAUCAGCUUGCAAGCAUUGGCCUAACCGAUAAAUCAAUCCCUUCUCGAUUCCAAGAAGUGUACAAAAGCAUGUGGCUGCAAAAUGGAGAUCAAAUCAGCAAACUUUAUUCUGGAACCGGAGCUUUGGAUAGCGGCAUCAAGGGAACUCUUGCAAGCAAGUUUCACGACGGAGCAGUGUCAGUUAAAAGAGCCUUCGUCAACAACUUCUUAGAUGGAAGUAAACAGGAAGCGAUCGAUAUCCUUCUUCUUGGAAAUACCUUUAUCGGAAGCAUUGGUGAACGAGCAAGGGCGCUGUUGAAUGCCUCGUUUUUGCAUUCAUCACCGAAAAUUCUUAAGGAGCUCUGCUACCAACACGAGGUAUUCACGAACACCUCAGAAAUUCGUGUGUGCUGCGGGACCUGGAACGUUAAUGGAGGCAAGCAUUUUCGUAGCAUUGCCUACAAACACAUGUCGAUGCACGAUUGGCUGUUAGAUUAUUAUGCGAAAUCACCAGAAGGAAUUCUCGAUAAAGAAGAAGAGUUUAGUCGACCCCCUGAUAUCUACGCACUUGGAUUCGAGGAGAUUGUGGACUUGAAUGCAAAUAACAUCAUCUCAACCAGUUCAACGCAGAAGAAGGAAUGGGGAUCUGAAUUGCAGCGAGUCAUAUCCAGGGAUCAUCCAUACGUUCUCUUGACUGCAGAGCAAUUGGUUGGGGUUUGUUUAUAUGUCUUUGUUCGUGUGCAUCAUCUGCCGUUCAUUAGGGACGUUGCCGUCGACACUGUGAAAACCGGUUUAAAAGGGAGCACAGGGAACAAAGGUGCCGUCGCCAUUCGCCUUCUUUUCCAUUCAACAUCGCUGUGCUUUGUUUGCGCCCACUUAGCAGCUGGUCAGUCCAAUGUUGCUGAGAGAAACAGUAAUUAUCACGACAUUUCGAAAAGAAUCAGCUUCCCUAUGGGCUCUGUGCUGUCUUCUCACGACUAUGUGUUUUGGUGCGGCGAUUUCAACUACCGAAUCGACUUGCCUAAUGAGGAAGUGAAAUCAAUGAUAAAAGACAAACGCUGGCCUGAAUUAAGAGCAAGCGAUCAGCUAUCGGUGCAAAAGGCAGAAGGAAAGGUUUUCAAAAGUUUUCGUGAGGGACCGAUUAGAUUUGCUCCAACUUACAAAUACGAUUUGUUCUCUGAUGAUUAUGACACAAGUGAGAAAAUGCGUUGCCCUGCGUGGACCGACCGGGUCCUUUGGUAUCGCAAGCAGUACAAGAAAGUAGAACCGAGUGCGGAACGCGAGACGGAAGGAGACGUUGACGCAGUUACCGAGAAGAGAGAUGUAGCUCAGCCGCUCAAUGCCUGGAACCCUGGCAGAAUUCUUUAUUACGGCAGAGCCGAGUUGAAAACUUCAGAUCACAGGCCUGUUAUUGCUGUUGUUGCAAUCCAACUGCAAAUCGUGGAUCAAAAGAAGUUAGCCAAGGUUCACAAUGAAAAGAUGAAAUCCCUUGGCCCUGCAAAUCCAACUGUUGUAAUAGAAGUUGAUAAUAGUGUUUGUGAUUUACCAGAGGAUUACGAAAUCAAUGUUGAAAAUGCCCUGGAGUUGUUUCAGCAGUGUGGAGAUAUCGUUUUGAUCAGGGCUGUUGAGGACCAGAUACUUUUGACUUACGAAGAUGGCAGGAGUGCACUUGCAGCGCUUGAGCUAAGUGGCAAAAUGCUGGACGAUGUCCCCAUUCUCGUGAGCCUAAAAAGCGCGGAGACUUUGUCCAAAACCGAACCCUCCAUCCAUGCCCUAGUUUCUCUUGGAAACGACGAUGACAGUGAGACCGACGAGCAUGGUUUUACUCUCUCUGAGCUGCUUACACAUUCGCGGCGAAACACUCGAUCGAAUUCGAUCCUUCUACCCGAAAAACUGAGCGAGCAGGCCAACUUCCUUGAUGAUGACGACGACGAGACUCGCUCUGUCGACGAUUUCUUAGAGGGAGAUUCCGAUUCAGGUGAGGAACUUCUGGAAGGAGAUUCCCAGGAAAUAAUUCUUAAACGCCAGCAAGAAAUGGUGGAUAGUGAUGAGGAAGAAGAGAAAGAAACUGAGGAACGCUCUAAGGCAUCACCGGCAAGGCCUGUUAAUCCUCCACAGCGCCCUUCAAAUCCUCCUAAGCGGCCAGCUGCUCCACCAAAGCGGCCAUCUGCGCCAACAAAACCGCCUCGACCAAACAGUGCGACACCAAUUAAUGACGCAGCAGUUUGUUCGAAAGAUUAUAAAGUUGUUCCUGAAAAAGAUAUAAACAUAUUACGAUCGCAGACUUCCUUUAGCGAAUUUGAUCCCUUAAGUCAAAAAGCGGAAAGGGUAAAGCCUGAAAGGCCGCUAGACCUAAACAGGCCCCUGCUAAGCCCCGCCACCACGUCCAGCCAUUAAGAAGAGGUUGACAUGGAUCAGAAAAAUGUGCCAGAAGAUGAUGAAACUCCAAAGAAAUCAUCAGUCAAAGCUGCCAAAGAUGACAACGAAAACAUCAGCAAUCCAUUUUAAUGUGACACAUCUUUUGCAUGUUGACUCGUCAAAUGUGGAAGAGUUAUGUCAAAACUCUCUGAAUCCAGAUCCUCUUCGUCAGUAAGCGUCCGAGUGUUAUCAGAACGAAACCAAAAACACCAGAAAACACCAAAACAUCGGAGGAAAUAGAAGCUGCCAGAAUGCUAAAAUGCAACCGAGGUCGGUCUCUACGCCACCAGAAGCCGGUCUCUACGCCUCCCGAAAGGCCGACC